CGAUCACCUACUCCGAAAAACGAACGCGACACUUCGCUCCAACGACUGGCACAAUUUGGCGGUGGCGGUGUUCUCGGUAACAUCCGGAAAUAAUACUUCGAUCUCAGAAAGGCAUCCUCGCCGUGUCCCCUUGUCCCUCCACCACCUUUCACACCAUGAACACACCUGCAGAUCGCGUAGAAGAUGUAUUUAAAUACAUGCUAGCUAAUGGACUCACCCUCACAUCAUUCCUAUCAAUCAUUUUGACCUCCAUGCAAUUUGGAGACAAAUUGCGGGAAAUGCAACUCCAUAUCCUCAGUACUACCGAAGAUCUUCAUGAUGCCACUGUUGUGAGAAACUGGAUUCUCACAAGCGCCCAAGCAGUUUACAUCAAAGAGAUACAAGCACUCAUGGAAAAAGGGAACGGACUCCACAUGAAUGCCUCCAAACUCCAUCCAGCACAGCUCGAAGUGGGGAAAACCAGCGUACUGAGGCCGCUAUUUGAGUCCAAGGCACCGGCACUUUGGAGACUGCUCCAACACCUCCUUGUGGUGGAAAGCAAGGGACGAGAAGGACGCAGGGCAAAGGUGGUACCGAGUCGAAGUGCCGGGUUAGGUGCCGGAAGAGAUGAAGACGGUUGUGGCGAUCAUGUUAGUGCAGGGCACCAGUCAAAGGGAAACAAUAGGGAGAGGAACUACGCCCUGCUUCAAAUUAAAGGAGUCGUAAUCUUAUCGAUAAUCUUGCAUGGUUGCAAUGAACAGUGCAAUGCAUUGCAGGUGAAGAAUUCAUUCUAUUUGGCUGCUUCGAAUGCUUCGAAAUCCGUCCGUCAGUGGGCUGCGCAUGCCGGACUUGCAGUCUCCCCCUCCUCACUGGAUAACCUUCGAAUGUCACUGAUAAGGAACCAGAAGGAGUUGAAUAAAAGCCUUGGGUCCACUCGAAUAGUGAACUUAGCGUACGACAACUGUGACUUCAAGUUUGGUGUUGGCCAGCCAACAGAUCUUAAGGACCGCACGUUCGAGAGCAUCACUACGGGACUUUUCUUUGCACCCCCAAAGGAGGUGCUUCCUGAGCAUUUAGAAUACGCUGAAAGUAUAUGGGACUCACAUCCAAACAACCCCAAUGCUCCCAAUGUCCCACCGAUGAUCACCUUUGCCGAUGUCCUACCGACUACCGAAGCUACAGUCAGAAUCAUGGCACACUGUCGGUGGCACAUCACAUCAGUAUUGAUCGAAGAACACUUCCCUGAACUUCGAUCUCAUCUUCUUGAUCCUCCAUCGACGUUCCAGUUGUCACCGCAACAAAUGUUGUACUCUACCGCAGAGGCAGUGUAUGCGAAGGCAUCCACAAUUGAUGGGAAUAUUGACGCUAUCAUGUCACUUCUCCAGCAAAGUGGCAUCGUGGAAGCGGGGGUCUUCGAGAAAUACGUUAUUCUUGUACACGGGGAUCUUGGUACAGUUGAGAAGGUCGAAGGGAUUUUGCGAUCACGGCGCAUUGAAGAAAGCGCGCUUGAGCGCAUGCAUUAUCUUGUGGCUAUACCAGGACUGUUUCAUGUCAGAAUGGCAUGUGUUGAUGCGAUGAAUAGGAUUCAUGCAACUGGGAAGGACUCACGAAGUGACCCAAAUGGGUUGUACAAGCGCCUCUGCUUGCUCUUCCCAAAUGACCUUUCUAAAUUAAACAAGGCAGUCCCACCCUUUCGAAUGAUGAAUGAUGGAAUAAAUUACAUUACCCGAUGCACCAUUCUUGACGCGUGGACGGAGAAUGUUGGUGGCGACCUCCAGAAAUUUGUUGAAUCCAAGCCAAGCCUUGAGGUGAUUCAACGACGCGCCGAGCAUAUUGCAAAGGAAUACUUCGAGACGAAGCGAUUUGAUGAAGAUCAGCAACUGCCAAAUCGUCCAGACCAAAGGCAAACGAAUCAGGUCUUGUUCAAUAGAGAUGCGAUGUACUAUCGCAUCCUCGUGCACGCUAUGAAUCAUGGAAUGGUGGACGUGGUAGUCGAUAUCCUUUCAUUCUGGAUUCCGAUCUUCCAGGCUUGUGGGAAGCAUAAGUAUGCGUCAUACCUUUUAAAUUUUCUCUUCAAGCUACAACAGUACCCCGCACCACUCCGCACAGCGAUUAUGAGGUGCUGGCUUUGUAAUCCUGCAGGGAAGAAAGCAGGCUUUCGGGCAAUUGAUUGGCUUGUCGAAUUGAUGAACCUCUACAUAAAGGUCGUUUAUUCGGGGACAGGAUCUACAAAAACAAUAGAAUAUAUAAUUAGUCAAUCAUCAAUUAUCCAGGCAUAUAGAACUUGCAUCGAGGAUGUGGAGGAAGAUUAUCACAUACCAGAAAAGACAUUGCACCAUGCCAGCCCAGAUAUAGAAUCCAGACUAGUCGCUAUCAUGAAAGACCUUCGUAACCUUCGACCUCACAAGUACGAGAAAGGACGCACUUCACCUACUAUGAUCGAGGAUCAUUUCCAGAAGGGUUUGGAGCUGUUCCAAUGCGGGAUGAUGUGGCGCACAAUUAAUCGUGGUGACCUGGAAUUGACAGAUGACACAUACGAAAUUGAUGCCGCUGAUCUGGCUGCUUAA